CGCACUUCCUGUGUGAUGUUCGUUAGCUAGCCUAGCAUGGCUGCUGCUUCGCUCUAAAUAUGAGCUCAGCAUUGUUUCAGUUGGACGGAAACAGGUAUUUGUAACCAGAUACAUUUGUUAAGAGUAGUUUUAUGUAUGGCUUGCUUUAAUGUCGGAGUCCUGCGGCUGUCUGGCGUAAGCUAGCUGUUGUGAACAGCGAGAGGAGUGUCGGCAGCAGAGGAGCAGCUAACUGUAGGAGGCUGGAACUAACUUUCCAGAGAUGUCGUGGUUCAGUCAGCUCAGUCAGGGCUCCUACCAGCAGCAGCCCACAGGACCUACAACCACAAACAUCCUGGGUAACACCUACAGCCCCGCCAGUCAGACUGCAGGACCGGUGACCCAGAACGUCGGCGGGGCUGGCUUCUUCUCUCCAAGCCCAUUGAACUUCCCAUCGGUGCCUCAUCGUGGUGCAGCCACCCCCCUGAGCCUGGAGAACCUGUCCUGUGCGUCUCCGAGCACAGGUCACCUCAGAGAACCAGCACCCAUCUCCUAUGUGACCCUGCAGGAGCAGCGGUGCGUCCUGAGCUGGUUCCAGAGCUGGACCUCUGCUCAGAAGGAGCGCUUCCUGCACGACCUGCUGGGGAAAGCCGUGCCGGGGAAAGUGUGCACCCUCCUGGAUUCACUCAGCUCUCUUCAGGUCAAAGACAAGCUCCCCAACAUCUUUGAGUGCCAGCUCCGCCUGUGGACCCAGUGGUUCGAGUCAUGGGGAGAGGAGGAGAGGAACCAUCUUCUGCACAUGUUGGAGGAGCAGGACCCGGAGUUCGUCGCCCACUUUUACAGGAGCGUAGCUGGCACAGCAGGAAGAGACUGAAGGACUACAGGUGGAACAUUUCAUCCCAACAUCAUUUAAGAUGUUGUUUUUUUUUCCAUACAGAAACUUUCGUUGCAUCAUUUAUUAAACUGAAUGUUUUGUUUUCCAAAAACUUAAUCAUGGCCGAAGCGCUCUUUUUUUUCAUACAAGUAUUUAAAACACCUGGAAGACACGUUUGGAAAUA